CUUCUUUCAGUCGUCGUUACUGCAGCACAUCCUCUGGCAAAAAUCAUACUUCCACCAUAAAACAGGUCUGUUCAUUUUCGCAGGAUCCGCCGGUUUUUAGAAAUAAAAAAAGUAAAAAUCUUUACUUUUCAUACACUGUCUUUAGUCCAUAAUGUCAUUAGAGCCUUUACCUGGAACUUUGCAGAACUUGUUAGAUCAAAAGACUUUGAAAUGGGUUUUCGUCGGUGGUAAGGGUGGUGUUGGUAAAACUACCACUUCUUGCUCUUUGGCUAUUCAAAUGUCCAAGGUUCGUUCUUCUGUUUUGCUAAUUUCCACUGAUCCCGCUCACAAUUUGUCUGAUGCCUUUGGAACAAAGUUUGGAAAAGACGCAAAAAAAGUCCCUGGAUUUGAAAACCUUAGCGCUAUGGAAAUUGAUCCCAACCAGUCUAUUCAGGAAAUGACUGAGCAAGCUGAUCAACAAAACCCUAACAAUCCCAUGUCUGGUAUGAUGCAAGAUUUGGCCUUUACCAUUCCUGGUAUUGAUGAGGCUCUUGCAUUUGCUGAAAUUCUAAAACAAGUGAAAUCCAUGGAGUUCGAUUGUGUUAUUUUUGAUACCGCUCCUACCGGUCAUACUUUGAGAUUCCUAAAUUUCCCCACUGUUCUAGAAAAGGCCUUAGGUAAACUUGGUGGCCUUUCUAGUCGUUUUGGCCCUAUGAUCAAUCAAAUGAGCGGUUUGAUGGGUGUCAACGCAAAUCAGGAAGACAUCUUUGGUAAGCUUGAAGGCAUGCGUGAAAACAUUUCUCAAGUAAACCAACAAUUUAAGAAUGCAGAACUCACUACUUUUGUUUGUGUUUGUAUCUCUGAGUUCCUUUCCCUUUACGAAACCGAAAGAAUGAUUCAAGAAUUGGUUGGAUACGAGAUUGAUGUAAAUAACAUUGUGGUCAAUCAGUUGCUAUUGGAUCCUCAUACAACCUGUCCUCAAUGUCUUGCUCGCAGAAAAAUGCAACAGAAGUAUCUUGACCAGAUUGAAGACUUAUACGAAGAUUUCCACAUCGUGAAAGUACCCCAAAUUCCUGCCGAAGUUCGUGGCCCCGAGGCUUUGAAAUCUUUCUCUGAAAUGUUGGUAAAGCCUUAUGUUCACCCAUCUGAUAAGUAACGAAAUACAGUGAAUUUCGACCCAUAUCUCAGAAAUCGGGGUUUGGCCAUUUGUUUCGAAAUUUCAAUGCAUCAUUCGAUCCUUCAACCUCAAUUUUUAUGUUUAACUCAUUCGUUCCUAAUAAUAUCAAUUGUAUAUUCCUCGUAUGUGUAAUUUUAUAGUUGAGGAUGAUGAAUUGCAUUUUAUGGGAAGGGAUAUUCUAACUUCUUUUUUCCUAUAGAGUAAUUUCGUAAUGCUAUGAGUCUUUUCUACUUGCGUAUCUCAUUCCUGUAUAUAGAAAGUAUUUUAUUUAUUUAUUAAUUGACACAUGACAACAAGAAGCAUC